UUGUGAUCGCGACACUAUGGGGGACGUCGACUACACUUAGGCCUCUUCAUCCUCAUCUUUAUCGCCAUCGAUUAUAGUUCCAUCAUCUUCAUGUUGAAAAAGCCGCCAUCAUGCUGCCCAUCGAUGCAUCCAUGUUCCCGCGGCUGAGCACGCGCAAAGCCCUGAUCGUCGUGGAUGCUCAAAAUGACUUCUUAUCUGAAGAUGGCGCCUUAUAUAUUGGAAAUCCCACCGGUUUGACGGAUCGCAUCGUCCAACUCGUCCGGGACUUUCGGCCACAUGGUCCUAUCGUCUGGGUCCGCAGCGAGUUCGAACGGCCAAGGCCUGUCAACAGCGAACAAAUACUGACUUCAGACAGCCCGAUGGCUGGAGCUCGGCGCGCCGUACCUCGAGGCCGAAGGCCACAGGCCAAUCCUCACAAUCAGACUACCUCUGAUUGUCCAGAAGGGUUUCUUUCAGGAAAGCCGGGCACGCCGGAAUGUGUGCGCCCAGACAGCACCGGAUCAAACUUCCAUCCAGCAAUCAAGGAGAUUAUAGAAAAGAAGGAUUUGCAGUCGGUCAAGUCAUUCUAUUCUGCCUUCAGGUCGGAAGAGCUCGUGCGGCGAUUAAGAAUGAGGAUCGUGACGGAGUUGUACAUCUGCGGCUCUCUGACCAAUGUCGGUGUGUUGGCGACCGCCAUUGACGCCGCCAGUCACGGAUUCGACAUCACUAUCAUUGAAGAUUGUUGUGGACACCGGAGUUUGAUGCGCCACAACAAUGCGCUGAGAAAAUUCACUGAGCACACGGGUUGCGUAGCAAUUACUAGGGAAACUCUGCUGGAGCUCUGGAACCCCUCGCCCAAAUUGGAAAAUGGUCCACAGGGAGAAUUUGAGGGCGCAAAAGAGACACAAAGUAAGGCUCUCGCCGAUUCUGAUGGCAAGCUCCCAGAGAAGAGCAAAUUAUCGGCGUCGGCGUCAGACCUUGACUCAGCGCUUGCGAAGUUGUCAUUAGAUGCUAAGCCACCAACUGAACUGCCUGAACUUCCAGGCCCUGCGAAGGCUACGUCGCCACCAGACCGAAAUUGGUUAAAGCAAGAGCGCUUGAAGCUUACAAGAGAAAGGCUUUCUAUCAAUGAACCCAAGGCUCCUCUGGGCGAUAGCUCGAGUGUCCCUAACAACGGUAAUGCCGUAGCCGACGAGGCCGAGCUCCCAGGUCCGGCCAGAGCAGCCAGAGCACCAACCAAUCAGACACGGUCACAAAGUGAGCGUCUCAGGGCAAUGAGAGCAAAGAUACCAGAAAAUGCCUUCAAAGCAUCUCCAGAUGACGACUUGAAUGCGCCCGAUUCCGGAGACGAUGCGCCUAGACGGCCCAAGCCUGAAGCGCGCACGGCACCGGCAUCUCCGCCCGCCGACAACUGGUUAUUUAGUGAGCGUCUGCGCUUCAUGAAAGAAAAGUUAGCAGCGAGAAGUGUCAAGAACUCUCCAGACGACGAUCUGAACGCAAAUUCCGGAGAUGACUCACAAGAUGAGUUGGCCAACACAGCGCGAGGCAAAGAGACUAAGGCUCAGCCGCAGAGUGGCACAUAUGGAAAAGUCGAGAAGUAUGUGGAAACAUCACUUUUGAAGCCAACAAACGGUGUAGUCGAGAAAGACGGGUCAAAUUCGAGUCACCCAAAAGACGGAGAAAGAAUCGAUGCAAAGAAAUCAGGAUUGACAAGGGAAAAACUCAACACAUCGGGCAAAGAAUCUCGAGGCAUGGAUGGUUUAGACACGAUCGCUGACGACAUGGAGCGCACACUCAAUUUCAAAGACGAGCCUCAAAAUAGGGUAGAAGGCCACGCUGCAAUGGAUUCAAGUGAAGAGAGCCUUAUGGGUGAGAGUGAGCCAUUAUGCGAAGGAGACACCAAGAUCGUGUACAACGUUCUUCUAGAGCCACUAUCGAACAACAUAUUCGAUAAGAUAAGAGAUGAGGUGCGCUGGCAGAGAAUGUCGCAUCAAGGAGGCGAAGUACCAAGACUCGUUGCCGUUCAAGGGCAGGUCGACAAUGACGGGAGCAUGCCUAUUUACCGACAUCCAUCAGAUGAAUCACCGCCACUGCUCCCGUUUUCACCUACAGUCAAUGAGAUCAAAGAGAUUGUCCAGCAGCGUGUGGGUCACCCCCUCAACCACGCCUUGAUCCAGUUUUACCGUGAUGGAAACGACUACAUCUCAGAGCACAGCGACAAGACUCUUGAUAUCGCAAAAGGCAGCUUCAUCGUCAACGUUAGUCUAGGCGCAGAACGCACCAUGGUCCUACGAACGAAACGACCACCCAAGGUCCACGACUCAGAUACCCCCAAGCCCGAGUCCGCUACGGCACCAGGCCCAAAACGCGAGGUGCAACGCGCUCAGCUGCCCCAUAACUCCAUGUGCCAAAUGGGCCUGAAGACCAACGAGCGCUGGCUGCACGCCAUUCGGCAGGACAAGCGCCUUGACCGCGAAAAGUCCGAGGCGGAGCUCGCGUAUGACGGCGGUCGCAUUUCGUUAACGUUCAGGCAGAUAGGAACUUUCCUGGACCGCGACAGCAGGCUGAUCUGGGGGCAGGGUGCCAAGGCCAAGACGAGGGGCGAGGCACACGAGGUAGUUAACGGCCAGACGCCCGAGGCGAUCAAUAUGCUGCAGGCGUUUGGGCGGGAGAACCAGUCGGCUGACUUUGAUUGGGAUACCUUCUACGGCAUCGGGUUCGACGUGCUGCAUAUCUCAGCUUCGCCGCGGCUGUUCACGUCCGGUGAUAAGGUGGUGAAUAUGCGCAUUCAGUUGAUGCUGGCUGAGUUUGGGGUCGGGUAUGCGAAGGGGAGCCUGUCGCCCCUGUUCAACUGGAAAAACGCGAAGCGAUCCAAGGACGCCGCCGGAGCGGUGCCUGAGAGCCUGCCUAUCAAAUUCGUGGAUAAUGAUUUGGGCAAGUCCGCAGUCCAGGGCGAUAUCGCCAUUAUGAUGUACCUCGACCGCGUAUAUGGUAAGGGCGGCGAGACGGUAUCUCAGCCCGAGCUUGCGAGACAGUUCGCCCGGUUCCAACAGGGGCUUGGCGUGCUAGACAAGCAUAGAGCGAGCCAGAAUAUCAGAGAGUUGAAGCGCGAAUUGGAUAUUUGGGAGGGGUAUGCAGGAGAGGCGGAGUUCAUUGCUGGAUCGUCGAUGACACUUGCUGACUUUGCCUUCUGGCCUGUGCUGCAUGAUAUUUUUCAGGUGGAAGACGGCCUUGCUGGGCUGGAGAACUUAAAGGUUUAUUAUAAGCGGAUCAAGGGGAGAGAGUCGGGCGAGCAGGUGCUAAGUGUCCCCACGGCUAAAGAAGCGGGUACUCCGAAGAAAUAGGAUUGAGGAGACAGGUACAUGGGUUGGAUCACCGAGGUCUUGUAUAAUUCUUUGGGGUAACAGUCAGGCUUCAACAGCUGCACCUGUACGUAGUACUGGUUGUCCCACACCGAAUAGCGGUUCUUACGUCUACUAAUGAGUAAAUUCAAUAUAUCAUAGCGCAGGACUCCUAAAAACUUGUAAUUAUGCACUGCGAUCGGCAUCUCAGUAGUGAUAUUAGUGAGCUACUUACAUACAGCGAAUCGGCUAGCCGUUCGAAUCAACAUCAUGGAAUUGACUGAACAUAACUAUGGCCCACGUGCCCAGCAACCCU